CCCCCGGGAUGGGAGGGGGAGGCGCGCGGCGCGGGGGCUGCUCGCUCGCUCAGUUUCAUUGUGAGAGUCGCCGCUUGGGGGGCUGGAGCCGGCAGCUGGUAGCGCCCUAAGGAGGAUGCGCAGCGGGGACGGGGACUCGGACUCGGGCUCGGACUCCCGCCGGGACCGCGCGCACGGACGCCGCCUUCUGCCCGCGCUUCUGACAUGAAGAAAGAUAUAGAGACCUUAAUAGCAGAAGAGAGAGCAGAGAUCAUCGCCAAAUAUGAAAAGGGAAGGCAGGAAGGAGCUCAUAUUGACCCAUGGGAAGAUGCUGACUUCACCCUGUAUAAAGUCACAGACAGAUUUGGAUUUCUGCAUGAGCAUGAACUGCCAACCCGCAGUGCAGUGGAAGAGAAGCAAAAGCUGCAGGAGAUUGAACGAGUGGACAAAUGGCUAAAGAUGCUGAAGAAAUGGGGCAAAUACAGAAAUAGUGACAAGAUGUUCCGCAGGGUUUACAAAGGGAUACCCCUGCAGGUGCGAGGCCAAGUCUGGUCACUCCUGCUGGACAUUGAGAAGAUAAAGACUGAGAAUGAAGGGAAGUAUGAGAAAAUGAAAGAACAAGCCAAGAGCUUCUCAUCAGAAAUCAAGCAGAUAGACUUAGAUGUAAACCGCACCUUUCGAAACCACAUCAUGUUCCGGGAACGCUACGGGGUCAAGCAGCAAGCAUUGUUCCAUGUCCUUUCGGCAUACUCUGUUUACAACACGGAAGUGAGCUACUGCCAAGGGAUGAGUCAGAUUGCUGCCAUCCUGCUGAUGUAUUUAAAUGAAGAGGAUGCCUUUUGGGCACUGGCACAACUACUGACCAAUCAGAGACAUGCAAUGCAUGGGUUUUUCAUUCCCGGGUUCCCAAAGCUGCAGAGGUUUCAGGCCCAUCAUGAGCAGAUUUUAAGCAAACUAUUUCCGAAGCUGAAGAAGCACAUGGACAAGGAGCAGAUGACAACGGGGAUUUACACAACCAAGUGGUUCCUGCAGUGCUUCAUUGACCGGACUCCCUUCACGCUCACCUUGCGGUUAUGGGAUAUCUACAUCCUGGAAGGAGAACGGGUUCUGACAUCCAUGGCGUACACCAUCCUGAAGCUGCACAAAAAACGCUUACUGAAGAUGUCCCUGGAGGACUUACGGGAAUUCCUACAGGAGAGAAUUGCUGCUUCUCUGCAUUAUGAAGAUGAUAUUAUUAUUGAACAAUUGCAAACGUCCAUGACUGAAUUGCGCAAAAUGAAAUUUGACCUUCCUCCCCCAGCAAAACCUGAAGAAUUCCCUAAGAAACCUUUGGGGCUGGAACUUUCUCUAAAUCUCAUGGCACUGAAACCUAGCAUUGCAGUGAAUGGCCAGAAUAAGGCUGCCACUGACCUCGACCCUGACCUCGAUACAAAGCUGUCCUCUCCAAACAACAGCCCUGCUCAUCUGAAUGAAACUACUGGUAACGCGAACAUGGCAAUAAACGAGAGGCUCCCUCCUCUGCAGCAGGAUGGGCUUCCCUCACUGGCAGCAGCAACAGAUGUGCAUCAGCAUCCAUUUAAGGGCCACCAGCAAUGCCAGGAGGAAAACCAGCAUGGAGAAGAAAAUCAGGUGGAGGCGCCAAAGAAAGUUGCUGGUGAAACCCCGUCACAAGAGCUGUCUCCUCCAGAGGAGAAUGAGGUUCAGGCCCUCCCGGAGAGCCAGGAUGCACCACCAGUGAGCAGGGAGUCUGUCUCACAAGAGAGUCCUCAGAGUCUCAGUGCAGGAAGUGGUAAAGAGGAACUGCAGGAACAUAGCCCCUCCCCUGCUGUAGACAACACAAACCAGGCCACUCUCCACACAGCUCAGCUGCAGGCACCUCAGCAAGCACAACCCAAAGGGACAGCCAUGGACAACUCUGCAGGGGACAUUGCCACCCAGAGCCACAACCCCCAAGUAGACCUGCCUGUCCAUCACAAUAAUAUAUUAGCAGGUCAGGAGUUGCCAAACCAAACGCCUUCUCUUCCCUCCCUUGCCGAACAAAGACCCUCAGACGCUUCUGUGCAAAAUGUCUCGAGUCCUGAAGACACGAGUGCUAUCACCUUCCCGGUGGAUUUACUGACAGGGCUGCCUCCAGAGCAGCAGCACCGGCCUCCCAGUACAGACUCGCGCUCAGCACCAGAACAAAACCUUGCUUCUCCUUGUGAUUUGUCAGAGAAAGUACAAGUGCCUGUCUUGUGUAUGGAGAAGGCCCUUGAUACUCUCUCUCUCCCUCUGCUGGAUGGUAGACGACGGCCUUCUAACGUAUCUCAGUAUGACAACAUAUCUGAAUUGGAGUACAGUGAGGAUAACUCUUCUGGGCAGGUGCCCAGCAUCGAGAAACUUAGCAGUGCAGUGCCACAGAACAAACCAGAUUUAAAAUCCUCGGUAUCCAAGUCUGCAUCUAUGGGUGAGAUUGCAGAUCUGGGGAUGCACUCAGAAGGGGGCAUAGACUCAGCACAGCAGACAGUAGGACUGGGCCACUCAGCCUUCAACUCACUUCCUCAUCAGAGACUGUCUGGUGGCAGCGGCAGUGUGCCAAUCUUAUCUAUGCUUGACUCUGGGGCAGUUCAGCUGGCAGAGGGUCUACACGACCGAUACUUGUCAUCCCCGGCUUUACAGGGGCAGUGCACCCCCUAUAAAAUAGUUAAAACCACCACUCCGCUUCACGUGGCUCAUGCUACCGAGCAGGACUGCUUGAACCAAAAAAUAGCAUUGCCUUUGCAAGAGGGCAGUCGUCAUGUAGGUGCAGCCUUGAUGGCAGCUGAUGGAGGGGCAGAACUUGAGGUUGUGGCUGCCAACCAGUGUGCACAGAAAUCAUUAAAUGCAUUGAGAGAGCCACGUCCCUGUCUACCCCCAAAGCCAAAAAUACCACCCAAGGUUGCCAAAGCCCAUUCAGAGAACAGUUUCUAUCCAGGCUGCCCUUCCACAAUGCAAAUGUCCAAGUCAGUGACAUUUUAACAGGGGUAGGGGCACGGAGGGGAAACAAACAAUAUAAUUACAUUGUCUAUCUAGUCAUGAGACAUCCUUAUAAAGGUUUGCAACUAAAAGGCAACACAGCCCAGGGUAGAGAUAACGGGAGAUGAUCCUGUGCUGAGCUGUGUUUGGUACGACUGCUUGGGGAGUCAUGCAGGAGUUGGUACCGUGGCCAAUAGACAAUGUACUGGUGCCAGGAGGUGGUUAAAAAGUCUGUGGGGUUUUUUCCUGCGGACAAAUCACAAAGUGCUUUCACUCCUGCUCACGUGUAGAGAGAGGCAAAGCUGGUUAAUGUGCUAAAUAUUUUGACUGUUUUUUCUCUCAUCGUUUUUAUAAAACACAAGAGCUUGGCCUCAUAAACCAGAGUUUACUUUCUGUUAAGGGGGGAAUAGAUACGAUGCAGAGGGUUUUGAGCCGUUGUUACAACAGAUAGAGAUGCUGUGGGAAGACAGAGAGAGGGGCCUUCUUUACAAAUAAGCACUUGGUCCGUGUGGCCAGUAGCAUUUUUCCAAUUGCCUUUGCAGCAAUAGAUUUUUCUGAAGUCCUAAUAGCCAGCAGUCCUUCAAACAAGGCUAUUGAGUAUUCUUACCAGGAAAGCCAGCCUUCCAUAAAGUCUAUGCAACAUCCAGCUUUAUUCCAGAAAUCCCGGUGAGCACUGCUCACGUCCCAGGGGAAAGACUGUGCAUCUUUUCACCUCGAGUGCAAUGGGGCAGUGUCAUAUGCCCAUUUGUAGUUCUCUAGCUCUUUUCCAUUUGCAGUGGGAGGUUUCCUGAAGAGAGGCUGAAUGUUGUGUGCCAAAGCGCUCUUGUGUUCUCGGUGGGUUUGUUCUGGGCUGUAGCUAGGAUUUAUCAGAAAGCAAAGUUAACUUCUGAUGCAAGCAGAAGGGAAGGUGGGAAAGGUGCGUGUGCCAUGCUUCUCCACCAGCCUGCAGGUUUGUGCUGAUCCACUAAAUGUUUGUUCAGAUUCCUUGAGUUCCUCAUGUGAGAGGGAUGGAAGAGCGAAGCAGAGCUACGAUCAGUUUUCCAACCUGCCUGUCUGAUCUUGUCCUUCUCUCCGUGAAGCCAGGACAGUGAGCAGGCUCGCUGCCUUAGGACUGACUGAAAGGAAAAGGAGGUCACUGCCUUGGUAACUUACCAAUCAGUGCGUAGCAAUCUAAUAAACACAGGAUGUAUUCUUAUUUGAGCAAUGGAGGCAGUGCCCUGGCUGGUCUUUUGCUUUAGCUAGCAAGCCAUGAGAGUGCAAUAGGAUUCGAUCACUUCUCAUCAAAAUUCCAGAACCUACACUGGUCCCUGCUUUGAGCAAUUGAAGUGUCAGUGUGAAAACCACACUGGAGUUAGAAAGGAAGGUGGACAAAGCUCUGAAAACCUUGGCUCUGCUCCUCCUCGAAAUAGUCUGGCUCUAAAUCAACAGAGUAAGAAGCUGCCAAGAGAAAAACUUGGCACAAAGAUUCAGAAGAAGAGGUCUUUCCUGUAAAGCUUAAAGCCUGUGGUCCAGAAAUGCAAAUGUCUUGGCCUUAGAGAAUGAAGAAAGUUGGGGCAGAUUUCUUUAAAAGCAAGCUUACAGCUAAUGGGAAAAUAUUCUGUAAUUAUGGAAAAAUGCCAGUCCUGUUUUCUAGUUCAGAAGCCUGAAUUACUGUAAGUACAGCAUAUAGAGCUCUAGGUAUGGUUAUUACAUCCAUGCUUUGUAAUGAGGAACCUGAUUCCACUUGAUUCUGUAGAACUAUAUGCGAUGCCUCGUUCAACAGCUUAGGAUGCUUUGAGAUCAUACUUGAGGCAGGCCUAUAUAUACACGUGUCCCCUGCACUCUGGCGAAAGGCUCCCUUAGGGAGUAGAAGUGUACUAAAAGUCUGGUCCAAAGUCCAAAGAAGUCAAUGGAAAGACUCCCAUUGACUUCCGUGGACUUUGGACCAGCUCCUAAAGGUGUGUCCUAGGCUUGGUCUACACUGGGGGGUGGAGGGAGAGAAUCCAACCUAAGAUACGCAACUUCAGCUAUGAGAAUAGUGUAGCUGAAGUUGACAUAUUUUAGGACGACUUACCUCGCAUCCUCACGGCGCGGGGUUGAUGGCCGCCGCUCCUCUGUCGACUCCGCUUAUGCCUCUUGCUGCAGAGGAGUACAGGAGUCGACAGCAGAGUGAUCGGGGAUCGAUUUUAUUGCGUCUACACCAGACGUGAUAAAUCGAACCCCGAUAGAUCGAUCGCUACCUGCCAGAUCGGCGGGUAGUGUAGAUGUACCCCUAGAGAUUAAAGCCAUAAAGGACAUUCAGAUCAUCUAGUCUGAUCUAUGGCAAUCAUUUCACCCCUGAGCAUCUGAGCAAGAAACAGCCAGCCAAGCAGAUGAGAGAGGGAAAACGCUCGGAGCUGUCUCAGAGCUCUGGCACACCCUGUCCAGUGUCUCACCUCCAGCCAUGGCCAAUGCUUUAGAGGAAGGAGACCUAGGAUACAUUGCAGGUAGAUUCCUUCCUGACACCCUCUAGGUGACCAGCUAUGUAUGGUGGUUUGAGGUUGAUGUAGCUGACAGCUCUCUAAGGGAGCUCCCCAUUUCUCCCAAGAGGUGGUCUGAGCACAGCACUGGCAGCCAGCAGCUCCUGUUCGAAUUCCUGUUCUUUCACCAGCUUCCUCUCUGGCCUUGGGCAAGUUGUGUAACCUCUUUGCCUGUUCUCCCCAUCUAUGAAAUGGGGGUAAGCCUACUGACUGUCCUAUCUCACAGGGGUGCUGUGGGGAUUAGUUGUAAUGUUUUGUAAAGCGCUCGGAGAAGUGCUAUAUAAAGGCUAAGUAUUAUGAUUCUCAGCCACCACAGCUCAUUUUCAAUUGUAGCGAAAAGGUGCUUUUGUUGCUUUUAUUUUAGUGGUCCUUCCCCAAUAACUGUGCAGUAGUUUGGAGAGUAACAUAUCUGAGUGUAUUACACCUGGGCAGUAUUUCAGCAGGAUGUGCAAUAUCCUUUAAUUUAGAACCGUGUGCAUCCUCUUGAGCUCUAGAAGCCAGUGGGCAAUGGAAAUGUUAAAGUAGCUGCCAUCUGCUGCUAGGCUUGGUUUCUGUAUGCUGGGGUCCGUUCUCUCCUCCAAGCGCACAUGUAACCUCCAUUAAUCUGGGCGGGAGUUGAGCUCACAUGUGAUAGGAGAUUAGACCCCUUUACCUUCACUUUUCUGCUUGCCUGACCUUACUCGUUCUGGUCAUUGUAGGUAAUAUGAGGUCAGAGAUGGAGAGUAUCUAGGUCCUCUUGUAAGACACACUUUUAAUGGUGAUUGUCUUUAGAACAUUGAAUAGCUGCCUAAUGCACAAUACUCACCACGAAGGCUAACAUCUCCUGAACGCUGAAUUCAGGAUGCGUAUCUCCUGCUCUCAUGAAAUCUCACUGGGGAGAGGGCAGCCAAGCUAAUUCCAAGUGUAUAUUUUCCAAGAAUUAUUUGGGUUUUCCUGACCACCUGUCUCAGAAGUAGUAGCUGAAAUAUAUAUACAGUGUUCUCCUAAAAGAGGAGUCCAACUGGAAGCUUAGCACCUGUUCCAAAGUCUAUUGAAGUCAGUAGAAAGACUCUUGUUGACUCCAGUGGACUUCGGUUCAGACUGCUAAUGAUCCCUGCAGCACUGUACAGCAAGUGGUUUAGGAUCAUCUUCCUCUUCAGUAAUAAAAGUGCCAUCAUUGGAGGCCACAGGUCACACCACACCUUGCUCCUCCAUUCGCUGAGCAGCUAGGUCCUUGAGUCCUCAUUAAAGGUGAUGGGGUAAGUGCCAUCAGUCCCUAGAGUGUCUUGUCUUCGUUUGGGCAACCCUCACCCUGCUCCGAACUGGUUCAUUUGCUGCCUUUUGGACUAAAUCCAAAAUGUGAGGAGAAGGCAAAGCCAUUUGUGUAGUCUGGGACUGAGUGUAUUUCUGAGGGGGAGCAAGGAGCUGCUGCUACAGCAAUUAGACUCUUGCCUUUUUCCUUCGUCAGUGUCUUUGCACAGAGAUUUUAAUGGCCUAAACUGCGAGAGCCAGCUGCUGUGGGUGGGUCUCAUUGGAGCAGGGCCUUGUUUAUAGGCAGGCAUAUUACUUUUUUUGUUUGUGAAAUGAACAUUUUAUAUACAAAUCAACUUAAAUCUUUCCAUUUCAAUCUAUUGUUGCAAAUGAUGAUUUAAGCCUGUCAGGUUCAGGCAUUCCCCCCCAUCACUGUGGGGGCUUAUUGUACUAACCAGUAACCCCUCCAACUCCCUUCAGUACUGUUCAGGUUCUUAUACUGCCCCCAUCAUUGUGGUAUCUGGGCUUGAUAAGGAGCUGUGUGGUAGCAGAGAUGGGAAUGAUCAUGCCCAGCUUCACAUGUGUGGAGGGAGUAGAGGCAAAGGCUCCAAGAGACAAGGAGGACUCAUGUGGGGGGAACAAAUUCCAAGAUACUUCUACAAAUAAUGCAUGGCUCCUAGGAGCGUUAUUUCAUGCCAACUCAGGAAAACAGCUUCCUCCCCCAAGGUAACUUUUACUUAGCCAAAAUAUAUUUAGUUUUAAAAGAAUGGGGUUUUUUUUGGUGGUUAGGCUGUUUUGUUUUGUUGGUGAACUAGCACUUUGAGCAGAGGCAGUGCAGCCCUGUGGCAGGAAUGCAGCACCAUCCCUUGUUGAAACUAACCUUUCUAUUUCGGUGGACUAGAAACUGGUGUGUCGCUUUGAGAGAUCUGCUACCAUUGGCUUUUAUUUUCAAUUGCUGCUUUUGUUUACAACAUGAAGAUCUUUGUGAUUCUUUCUAAUGUACUGUUAUUACUUUAAACCAUUGUUAUGUAUGUGCUUUUUUUUUUUUUUUUUGGAAGGGAGUUUGAAAAGCAAAAUGCUCCUUCCUUUUUUACGCUGAUCCAAACAGACUGUACAUAGUGUUCAAUGCUGUGUUUUACAUGGUUGUAAUGAUGACAGUUUAAGAAGUUUAGCAUAAACAGC